GCUACCCACGUGUCGCUCUCUGGGCUCUCGGUUCAUAAUAACGAACUGGACACGUUUCCUUGGGCUUCUCCCCGCCCACAACAUAUGACCUCUCCGAGUAUCGCUGGGCUGGGCCCGACUUUGUAAACUAGGGCCCGACUUCAAAUCAAGCCCUGCUCUAGUCAUCAUUUCUGAAAAAACUCGAAAAAGCCGUUUGAAAUGUUCAUCAAUCCUCACUGUCUAUAAUUUACUGGAAAAGAAUCAAAAUUUAGUAAUUUAUCGGUAUUUAAAAUUUUUAAUUAAGUAAAUGCCAGAGUUAAAAGUGUAAAACGAACUCGUACAAAUUUCACGGCGGAGCACAUGCUUUGAGAAAUGGGAAGCCACAUGACUACGAGAUAAAAGCUUAUUUUGGAAGGUUACUCAGCCCAACAUGUGGCCACUCGUGAACGGUUCUUGAUUUCCACAGUCCUUACGGUCUGCUGUUGAUUGAAGAGUGACUCGAUACUGAUCUCUUUCUUUGUUUACUCACACUGAUCGCUGAUCAAUUGUCCGCGAUCAAGGCAAUGGCGCCUUCUCUUUGUUGUUCGAGAGUGGAGAAUGUCUUCUCCUCCGGCAUAUUCAAGCUUAAGAAGCAGCAAUCCUGUGUUGCUGCUGCUGCUAAUGCCCGGAAUGGCAGCAUCGCGUUGCGUUCUUCUUCUUCUUCUUCUCCGUCUUCCAGAAUGUCUCUUUCUGGAGCUUCAUUUUACCAUUCCACCUCGCGGCCUCGUUCGUUGUCUGUGAGAGCGGCGUCUCCAUCUUCUCCAGCCGCCGUCGCGGAACCGGAAGGAAUCAAGAUUAAUUCGGUGCCGACGAAGCCGAUUGAAGGUCAAAAGACGGGGACUAGCGGUCUUCGUAAGAAGGUGAAAGUGUUCAAGGAAGAGAAUUACCUAGCCAAUUGGAUUCAGGCAUUGUUCAAUUCAUUGCCGCCGGAGGAUUACAAGAAUGGAUUGCUGGUACUAGGAGGGGAUGGUCGUUACUUCAACAUAGAAGCUGCGCAGAUAAUCAUCAAAAUCGCUGCUGGAAAUGGCGUUGGCAAGAUCCUGGUUGGCAAGGAUGGUAUCCUCUCUACACCAGCUGUCUCUGCUGUUAUCAGGAAAAGGAAGGCAAAUGGUGGAUUUAUAAUGAGUGCAAGCCAUAAUCCUGGGGGCCCUGACUAUGACUGGGGCAUCAAGUUUAACUACAGCAGUGGGCAGCCUGCCCCGGAGUCAAUCACAGACAAGAUCUAUGGGAAUACUCUUUCUAUCUCUGAUAUUAAGACAGCUGAGAUUCCUGAUACUGACCUGUCUCAUGUUGGAGUUACAAAAUAUGGGAGCUUCUCUGUUGAAGUAGUAGAUCCAGUUUCUGACUACUUGGAGCUAAUGGAGAAUGUAUUUGAUUUUCAACUCAUCAAAAGUCUUGUUUCACGUCCUGAAUUCAGGUUCAUAUUUGAUGCAAUGCAUGCUGUUACUGGUGCUUAUGCAAAGCCAAUCUUCGUGGACAAGCUAGGAGCUAGUAUGGAUUCAAUAAUGAAUGGAGUUCCUCUUGAAGAUUUUGGACAUGGUCAUCCAGAUCCUAAUCUUACAUAUGCCAAGGAGCUGGUUGACAUCAUGUAUGCUGACAAUGGACCUGACUUCGGAGCUGCUAGUGAUGGGGAUGGUGAUCGGAACAUGAUCCUUGGCAAAGGGUUUUUCGUUACUCCUUCAGAUUCAGUUGCUAUAAUUGCAGCUAACGCUCAAGAAGCCAUCCCUUACUUCAAGAGUGGGCCUAAGGGUUUAGCUCGCUCAAUGCCUACUAGUGGUGCUCUUGACCGUGUGGCUGAAAAGUUAAAUCUAACAUUUUUCGAGGUACCCACUGGUUGGAAAUUUUUUGGCAACCUCAUGGAUGCAGGAAAACUAUCCGUCUGUGGAGAAGAAAGCUUCGGAACUGGUUCAGAUCACAUUCGUGAGAAAGAUGGAAUUUGGGCGGUGUUGGCUUGGCUUUCAAUAAUUGCCCACAGAAACAAAGACAAGAAACCGGGGGAGAAGCUUACCUCAGUCGCCGAUGUUGUCAAAGAGCACUGGGCUACAUAUGGCAGAAACUUCUUCUCCAGAUACGAUUAUGAGGAAUGUGAAUCUGAAGGCGCCAACAAAAUGGUUGAAUAUCUAAGAGAUGUGAUCUCCAAGAGCAAACCGGGUGACCAAUAUGGAAGCUACGCCCUGAAGUUUGCAGACGACUUCUCGUACACCGAUCCAGUUGAUGGAAGCGUGGCGUCGAAGCAAGGCGUUCGGUUCGUCUUCAGCGACGGAUCACGCAUCAUCUUCCGUUUAUCAGGAACAGGAUCGGCAGGCGCGACUGUAAGAGUCUACAUCGAGCAGUUCGAACCGGACGUCUCCAAACACGACGUGGAUGCACAGACAGCUCUAAAGCCACUAAUAGAUUUGGCACUCUCCGUGUCGAAGCUGAAGGAGUUCACUGGUAGAGAAAAGCCCACCGUCAUCACAUAAAAGAGCCCAAGCCCACCGGCCCAAGUAGGAUGGCAAAUGACUUUUUUUUUUUGGGCUGUACGGCUCCGUAGCCGAGUAGUAAUUUAUUAGCUUUCGCCUAGUAAAGCGACGAAGCAAUAAGCAAAAGCAGCGGGCUUUCCUUCACUGUAAAGCGUGUGACCGAAACGACAAAACAAGGGAAAAAAAAGGUAAAAUAAAUGCUCUCUCUCUACAACCUGGUACUAGUAAAAGGGCGGGAAAGUGGUAGGGUUUACUUUCUCCCAAUUGAAGAGAUAAAGUGCUUCAAACAUACGAUGCCAUUACCACCACGAUGCUGGAUCGGAAAUGGAGAGUGGGAUGAGCAAGAAAGAAAAGAGGAAAAGAUGGUGAGUGUUAUGCCACACUCGCCACUCGGGAAUAGGCAAUUUGGGUGCCGAGUUUAUCUUCCAACAGAUGCAGCCACUUAAUACACAGUCAGAAUUAGGUCAUGAUAGAAUUGCAUACCUCGAAUGCAUUUCAAUACUCCCAAAAUUGAGAAGACGAUAGUGGUAAAAGUAAUAAUAAACUUCAGCUCACAAAUCAUAUAUGCACGUGUGGAGAAUCCCAAUGGGAAAAAAUUAAUGGCUGUUUGGUUGAUGGUUUUGAAAUCCAUUAUGGACUUUGUCCAAACUUUGUUAUCUGCUUCGUGCAUUUAGUGGCUACAAAAUCUAUGAGACCCACCGUCUUCGAGGAGGGUCCAAAUUUGUGGGUCCCACGAACUUGAAUAUUCACCCAUUGACAAACACACUUCUCCUAUUUACCUUUCUCUCUCCUCAUACCAACGAGGACAAUAAAGACCAAUUUCACUUGAUGAAUAAAAAUCCAUCGUAAAAUCUACGGGACAAACAAUGAUGUUUUUCAAGUUCAUAAAAAAACCCUAUAAAAUCUCAUACAUCCAUGUUUUCUUCAAAAGUCAAAAUCCCAAAUUUACCAAAAUCUUCAUUUUUCGAAUCAACGAGGCAAUAAAAAAACUCGUAUAAAGCGUAGAGAGAGAGAGAUCAGCUUCGGGACAAAAAUAGUAGUGGCAUAAGAAGACAAGGUAACUUUGAGGUGGGUACUAAGAAAAAAGGUAAGGUAAUAACCUAUACUCCCCUUUGCUAUAGCUCUUAGCUAUGGCCUUUUGUGAGCAAAAGGGUCCAAUGGCAUAGCAGUAGGAAAGGCCGACCGAGUGUUGUGGGUGGGAGCUGACUGAGUGUUCAAUUUACGACAAACCACAACUCUCCAUCCAAUCCAUUCCAUUCCACACCACACACAGUAAUGAAACCAACACACGAGCACACACACGAUUCCUGUCCUUUGGAUCGUCUCCUUCUCCUUCGUCUUCGUCCUCUUCAUCAGUCUUGUCUUCAUUGCAAACAAGAGAGAGUAGGUGCCCUAAUGGCUGCUGGAACAUUACAUCAAACAUUAUUCAAGAUGGCCAAAGAAUUCAGUCAGCAGUCAGACUCCUCUCUCCCUAAACCUCAUCACUCUCACUAUCAAAAACUUUUAGGAAACCCUUUCUGGAUGUGACGAUGGACCAAAGCUUGCUCCUUUACUAUUACAACUCGUGUCAUAUAUAUGUUCAAGUUCCUUCCUUUUUUCUCCAAUGGAAAAAUCGAAACCUAUCCAGGAAACAAACCAACAAAAUUGCACUACAUUACACUUUGAAAUAAUUCAAUAUGCACGGUUUUGCUUGCCCCUGAAAUGGGGGCAUAGUCCCUCAGGAGAGGCUUAAAUCUUAAUCCAUAGUUUGUGGUACAGGACCAGAUUCAAUUUCAUGGGGAAAAGAAGAAGAAGAAAAGAAAAAAAUUGAGGAAACUAAUUAGGGGUUUUUGGGACAUGGAGGACCCUCAGUUUGUUCUAAAAUCCAAAACCAAGAUCAACAAAGGAUCGCAGCUGCCCCCCAUUUUGCAAUUUGUGACAAAAGAUCAUCUCCCAGCUUCCCCCACCACCCAAAAAUAAUUGGCGUGUAGAGAC